AUGGACGAGGCUUUUAUCCCUCUGCACAUUGCGAUGACGUCAAAUGGAAUGAUUGCUGAGAUCAACCAGCUGUUGAAUUUGAUCAUCAACACCUUCUACAGCAACAAGGAGAUCUUUCUUCGGGAGCUAAUCAGCAAUGCAUCAGAUGCUUUGGAUAAGAUACGCUUUGAGAACUUGACUGACAAGAGCAAGCUGGAUGCCCAACCUGAGCUCUUCAUCCAUAUUGUCCCAGACCUUGCAAUUGUUCCGAGAUUGUUCACCAAGUCAGCCUUGGGAAUCAAGCGAAGUAGGCAGCCUCAUUUACAGAGGGAGGCCAAGGGGAAGACUCUUUCCUUCUAUGGACCGAUCGGAAAUGUGGUGUGGUCUGCGGAGGAUGAAGACUCAGAAGACGCAACACUCUAUCGUUGA